CAUCAAAAAGCGACAACAACACGCCCGCUGAACUCCGGCACAGGAAGCCGAAAUGUUGUUUUUUCAAUGAACAGAAGGGAUGAAUAACAACCUAGCAGAGCUUCCUUUGAAGGAACAUGGCAGGUUUAUAACUUAAGGUAGUUUUUUAACGCCACUCAUCUCCACCGGAGCAGCCGAACAUCCUCCAUUCAGCCACCGGCAGCGCAUGGUCGGUAGUAAAAGUGCAGCAGAAAAUGCCCAAACUCGCAGAGGUGAAGUUUGCCCCGGACUGUCAGAGUCUUCCUGAGGGCUUCUGGUCAGCGGUGGAGGUGUGGCUGAAGAAGCCGCAUGUUGUCAACAAGCGGCUCUGUGGAGCCACGGAGACGGAGAGCAGGGACGUGGACGCGGAGGACCUGGGGACGCUGCUGGACGCCGGGGACGCAGAUCUGCUCCGGGACGUGUCUCUGUUCCUCUGCGGCGGAGACUCAGCGUCACACCAGGAGCACAGAUCCUGGUCCUCCUCUGUCCGCACAUUCAUCCCCAAAGUCAACAGCUACGGGGGGAAGCGGCAGAAGGAGGUGGUGCUGAAAGACUCCAACAGGCACCUUGUGACCUUUCUUCCUUUUGAGGAGGACGCGGCAGCAGGGAAGGCGUCCUUUAAGAAAGGCAACAUUUAUCAGCUCAGGCUCUGCGGCCAUGGCAGUGAGCAGUGGACGCUGGAGCUGCACACGUUGACGUCAGACGGCUGGUUCGCCGACGGCGUGGCCUAUCCCAAGCUGCGCUGGCUGUCGUCGGAGCUGCUGCCCAAGCUGGCGCGCUGGGCGGCGGAGUGCAGAGCCGGCGAGUUCAGAAGCACGCUGUCCCUGCUGCCGGUGGAGAAGUACAGCCUCACGUACCAGCAGCUGAAGGACAAGUACAAGAGCAUGGUCCAGGUUUGGCCUGAGGUCACCGACCCCGAGAAGUUUGUGUUUGAGGACGUCGCCAUCGCUACCUAUCUGCUGGUGCUGUGGGCCGAGGAACGGGCCGUGAAAAGUCUGACCGCCCCACAGUCCUUCGUGGACCUCGGCUGUGGAAACGGCCUCCUGGUUCACAUACUGACCAAUGAAGGGCACCCAGGGAAGGGCAUCGACGUCCGCAGGAGGAAGAUCUGGGACAUGUACGGACCUCAGACCCUGCUGGAGGAAAAAGCAAUUACCCCCAGCGAGAGCUUCUUAUUCCCGGGGACGGACUGGCUGAUUGGGAACCACUCGGACGAGCUCACGCCGUGGAUCCCCGUCAUAGCGGCCAGGUCGUCCUACUCCUGCCGCUUCUUCGUCCUCCCCUGCUGUUUCUUCGACUUCUACGCCAAGUACCAGAGGCGCCAGUGCAAGAAGUCUCAGUAUAAGGAGUACAUCGACUUCAUCGCGGAGGUCAGCCGAGUGUGUGGCUUCGACACGGAGGAGGACUGCCUGAGAAUACCCUCCACCAAACGUGUGUGCCUGGUGGGAACGUCGCGGAGCUACGAGCAGUCCGAGGAGCCCGAGUUGGAGCAGAGGAGGGCGCGUUACAUCCAGAGCCGCCGGGCCUCCGCCGGGCCGGCGGCGCAAAGGUCAGGCGUCAGAAAAAAUGGCGACUGUUGCCACGGGAGCCCCGAGCGCGACGGCACCUCCGGGAGCGCGUUGGAAAACGGUUUCCAGCCCAGAAGCGCCGUCGAAACGGUUCGAAACUGCGCGGCUCUACCGCGGGACUUUGUGGACCGGGUCGUCCUGAAGGUCGCCACCGCUCUGCUGGGAAUGUCUGAGGGGACGUCUGCCGGCGGCUGGAACAAAGGAGGUAGCCUCUCUGUGAGAGAGGUGGCGGCUCUGCUGGAGCAGGAAACCCUGCAGCUCCUGAAGAAAGAGUGUGGAGGCCUUCAGACCCUGCUGAAGAACAACCACCAAGUCUUUAAAGUUGAAGCGGGGACGGUCUACAUCAGAGACUGGAGGGACAAGGCAGAAAGCCAAAGGAGGCCCACGGUGCCCGGCGCUCUAAAAACUCGUCUGUGCUGGUUUCACGGCCACCAUCCUCAGGGCUGCCCCCUGCAGGAGCACAACUGCACCUUCGCCCACGGAGAGGACGACCUUCGACCCUCCACCAGGCCUCUAAAGAAGUUAAAGAGCUUUUGACUGGAUCGGCAUCCCCUAAUUACCUGCAAACACGUUAUUUUUUAGUUGGUUUUCAAGCUGAAUGUAAAUAAUUUCGAGUUAAAGACUGAUUUUGUUAAUUAGCUCUUUAGCUGUGCGGACUGAAAGGGUGAAGAGGUUCAGCGCUAAUGGCUGUUUUGUUCUUUGCAUCAGAUGGAAAAACUGGAUUCUGUGUUAGGGAUGAAUGUUUUGCUUCCCUCGUUUAUUAAAUCUUUUUAUUUAACAGGGUUUCUCGGUUUUGUUUUCCUUUUAUUAAAGUAAAGAUGUGGAACGUGAGAAGAGCCGCA